UCACAUGCAUCACUCCGCCAAAGAUCCUUCACUCAUACUUGCAGCUCAGUAUCAUAUCGUAACGUAUAUUUGUCCACCCUUCAUGCAGAAAUGGACUGGAAUUUCCUGUUGCCUUUGUGUUUAUUUUACGCAUGCCAUUCAUUAACGGCCUUCAACAUUGAUCCUGUGACGUGGAAGACCUUCACAAACAAUGAAAACACCGGCUUUGGCUAUAAAGUGAUACAGAAAGGCGCAAGUCUGCUUGUUAGUGAUCCUUUAAUACAAUACAGUAAAACUCAGAGAGGAAAGAUUUAUGACUGUCCUGUCACCAGAGAAAACUGCUCACCACUGGUCUUUAAUGUUCCGAAAGAAGCUGUCAACAUGUCUCUUGGACUUUCAAUGUCUGUAAAUCCUGAGUUUUCAACAGCCGUGGUUUGUGGUCCGACCAUACCUAAGAACUGUGACGUCACCACUUACAAUGGCAUGUGCUUUAAAAUCAAUUCAAAAAAUUCUGUAAGCCAACCUGUGCCGAGGACUCUGAGAGAAUGUCCAAAAUCGCAAAUAGAUAUCGCUUUUUUAAUGGAUGGAUCUGGAAGUGUAAAUGAUGUUGAUUUUUCUAAGAUGAAGAAAUUUGUUAUAAAAAUGAUUAGAAGUUUUAUAGACCAGGAUGCAAAGUUUGCCGUAGCGCAGUUUUCUACAGGUUGUGUGAUUCAUGAGACGUUUCAAGUCAGAGAUGUAAAGUACUGGGAAGCUGCAGUGACUUCGAUAAAACAACAGCAAGGAUGGACUUAUACCGCAAGUGCUAUAAGAACACUUGUGAAUCAGCUGUUCGUUGGUAGCGGAGGAGCAAGACCAUCAGCCAGAAAAGUCCUGCUUGUUAUCACAGAUGGUGAAUCAACCGAUUCAGCUUAUUUGAGUGAAGCUGUUCAACAAGCACAAAAAAAAGAUAUAACACGUUACGCUAUUGGGGUUGGAAACGCUUUUCGGAGCAAUAAUGCAAUUAGGGAGCUGCAGAGUAUUGCAUCUUUACCCUCCGAUAAGCAUGUGUUCAGAGUCACUAACUUUGACGCGCUGGAAAAUAUCCGUGAGCAACUCAAAGAGAACAUUAUUGCCAUCGAAGGAACCCAGACCACUGGUGAUUCAUCUCGGAUGGAGUUUGCACAGGACGGGUUUAGUGCGGCAUUAACAACAAAUAAAGAUAUAACGAUGACUGCAGUGGGAGCUUUCCAGUGGAAGGGUGGAUUUCAGCUGUACUCACAAGAUGAUCAAAUAUCAAAUGAUAAAAAAUUUAAAGAGGGAAGUCAGCACGACAGUUACUUAGGUUAUUCCUUGGCAAUAACGACAGUGUCGCAAACAAAGUAUGCAGUCAUGGGAGCACCGAGACACAAGCAUGAGGGACAAGUUGCUGUUGCGAGCAUUUAUUACAGUCCAAGAAUUUUACAAGAACUGGAUUCUCCUAAGUCUCAGAUCGGCUCAUAUUUUGGAGCUGAGGUUUGUGCAGUGGAUGUGAACCGCGACUCCACAUCCGACUUCCUGUUGGUAUCGGCACCAACGUACAUAGAUCAUGACCGGGAGGGUAAAGUGUUUGUUUACACCGUCAGUCGUCGGUCGUAUUUAGUUUUUUCCGGUAUGGAGCUGGUGGGAAAGGAAGGUCAGAAGGGUCGCUUUGGCUCUUCUCUGGCCAGCCCGGCAGAUCUGAACGGCGAUGGUUACGUGGAUGUGCUGAUCGGAGCUCCUUUAGAAGAAGACGGACAGGGCAGCAUCUACAUCUUCAACGGAGGAGCAUAUGGAAUAAAUUCCAAACAUUCACAGAGGAUCGCUGGGUCAUCUUUGAAGCGAGGCUUGCAGUUCUUUGGCAUUUCAUUGAGUCAGUUCUCUGUAGACCAGAGCGGAGACAACCUUCCCGAUAUUGCUGUCGGGGCCAUGGGAGAAGUUCUGCUUCUCAGGUCCAGACCCAUCGUAAAUUUGGAAACCAGGGUUACUUACAGCCCACCUAAAAUAUCAACCGUUGAAACAGAGCAGUCGCUGAGAAACACCAUGAAAGUGUGCUUCACCAUGAGGCCAUACAGCCAAAGCAUAAGAGACUUGAGAGCAAAUAUUAAUUACAACAUAACGCUGGAUGCCAAGCGACAGAAAUAUCGAGCAUUUUUCUCAUCCAAAAUUCGCAUCUACAGUUUCACAAAGAACAUUAAGCUCAAUGAAGAAGCUUGCGAAAAUCAUCCUUUCCUUAUAGACGCUUUCCCAGAAGAUGCUCUAAACCCAUUGUCCAAUCAGUUAACAUUCACUUUUGAGGGUCUACCAACUGCCUCACUGCAAAACAUAAGACCACUACUGCUGCCGGGGAUAAAGACCACCACAGACCACAAUCUGGACUUUGAGAGAAAUUGUGGACAUGAUAACAUUUGUGUUGAUGACCUCAGGAUGGAUUUAAAUUUCUCUGGAUCUACAAAUAUAGAGGUCGGCAUCAUGCAGGAGAUCAAUGUGACAGUGUUUGUGGAAAACAGAGGAGAAAACUCAUACAAUACACUCUUCACCCUCAGCUACCCCUUUGGACUAUCCUACAGAAGAAUCACAUCUAAACAGGGCAGAGUGGAGUGCUUAUCUACCGACAGUGAGCAAAAAGGCUCAUUUGGAGAGACCACCUGCCACAUCAGCAAACCCAUCCUCAAAGCAAACUCUCGGGCUGUGUUUCACAUAACAUACAGCAUCAAUAAAGAAAGCAGCUUUGAUCAAAAGGUCACAUUUAAUGCUAGUAUGAACAGUGGGAACAAUCACGCUCAAACCAGCGAAUUAUUCAAAACGAAAAGCAUUGGUGUCAAAUAUGCCAUCUAUAUUGCCUUAAUAAGGCAUGAAGAUUCAACCCUUUACAUAAAUUUUACUGCACAGAAAGCUGAAACCUCUAAACCAGUCAAGCAAAUACUAAAGGUUGAAAAUGACUUUAGAGAACUACGUUUCAAAGUUUUCCUCAGAGUACCAAUGAUGUUGGGAGAUAAAUCUAUCUGGACUAAUAAGAGCAUGCAGAUUCCAGGCUGUGUAAAACAGAGGGAUAAGCAGCCUGACGUAACAAAUUUUGUAGAAAUAAUUAAAAGAGAUCGUGUGGUGAACUGCACUGUGGCGGUGUGUGCCGAGUUCAGCUGUGAUGAGACACUCUUAAAGAAUGAAAGAAGAUUUUAUAAUAUAACCGGCAACGUGAGCUUUGGAUGGAUUGAGCAGACCGGACUCAGAGCUGCCGUUUUUCAGCUGGUCAGCUCAGUAUCUAUGGAAUACGACAACAGCAAAUAUGUUUUCUUUUCAUCUGAUUCUCAAAAAUCUGCACCAUCCAUUCAGAUCGCUACUCAAGUGGAGGUGUAUGAGGAGGUGAACCUGACUAAAGAGAUCGCUGGAGGUGUAAUAGGAGGAUUGCUGCUACUUGCUCUCAUCACAUUGGCCCUCUAUAAGGCUGGUUUCUUCAAAAGCCAGUACAAGCAGAUGCUAGAGAAUGCAGAACAAAGCCCGAAGAGGAACCGGCCACAACCCUAG